CUCCUCGAUUCCCAUCCCGAUUCAUAUAUAUCACCGCCCCAACCCUUCGGCCAUGCGUUCCUCUAUCGCAUUCCUGUUCAAUUGCAAAGCCAGCUACCUUCUUGAACAACAAUGGCCGCCAUGAUCCCCGCCGACGACCAAGCAAACUACGAAAUCUUCCGCGACUGCGUCUCUGAGCCUGUCUUGCGCAUUUUAGCUGCACCGCCUAAGAAGGAGCCGAAGAAGCGGAGGAAGGAGAAACGGAUCAAGAAGGGAUCUAAAGCCAUAGAUGGUGACCAGACCGGAGGACUCGACAAGCCAGACGAGGAACCGAACGAUGCUGAAGACUUGGGCGAAUUCAUAGACUACCUCUCCCACGACAUCUUCACCUCCCUCCCCGCCUCCCUUCGCUCCCUAAACCACGCCCUCUACACCAAAUCCCCCUCCCUGCAGUCCACCUACGCCCUCCCCCUCUCCGCCUCCACCCUCGCCUCGAUCGUAGCUUCCGUCCCCGUCUCCAUCGCCGACUCCCUAACCUCCUACGCCCUCAUCACCUCGCCCCACUACAACCCGUCCGUCGACCUGCCCCCUUUCCUCGCCCCCAUCCUAUCCGCCUACAUCACCACGGCCACCGCCGCGCCCCCUCCCUACGCCUCGACGCGCGCCGACGCCUGCGAGCUGUGUGGCAGGAGCUGGAUCCCACUGACGUACCAUCAUCUGAUCCCCAAGAGCACGCAUGCGCGGGUCCUGAAGCGCGGGUGGCACAAGGAGGAGGCGCUGGGGAGCGUGGCGUGGUUGUGUCGAGCGUGUCACUCGUUUGUGCAUCGGUGCGCGGGGAACGAGGAGUUGGCGAGGGAGUGGUAUACGGUGGAGUUGUUGAUGGGGAGGGAGGAUGUGGGGGACUGGGUUCAGUGGGUGGGAAGGGUGAGGUGGAAGAAGGCAUAG